AUUUCGUACUUCUAUAACCGAAAUAUUGUGUUCAGGCUAUUUAAUUUUUAUCAACAUUCAAUAAUUGUUUUGGAACUUGGUGGUUUUUGCUUUUAAUUUUGCAAUAUGGCGGUGUCACCAUUCUUACGUACUCCAUUCACCGAUUUAACAGCAUGUUUGAUAAAUCAUCAAACUUACGAAACAUGUGGCGAAAUGGAAAUGAAUAUGAUGGAAUGCAUGGAAGCUUAUGGUUUAGAUAGAGGACGACAAAAGUGCGCUGAUCUUAUUGCAGAUUUCACUGAAUGUUCCAAUAAGACCAAACAAAUGAAACGUUAUGAUGCUAUGAGAUUUGAACGGUUUAAGCAAAACAUGAAAGGAGAACGUCCGAAGGAAGAAGCCUUUGCUCCGCCGCCAAAAAUUGAUGCUUACUAAUUAGGAACAAAGAAGAUUUUGAAAAUAAAUUAAAACUAAUUCAAAUUCAAUGUUUGUGCUUUACUUUUAAGCACUUUCAAAAUUUUAAAAAUUGUAAAAACUAUUUCUUGGGUAUUAGUGAAUACUGGAAUGUGUUUUUCAAGACAUCCCAGCCAGUUGUGUUGACAGACAACUUACAAGUAUCCUGAAAUGAAGUUGGCUUCUUAUCAAUAUUAAUAAUAUUAUAAUGUAGAAU